GCCCCUGCGCUCCGCCACGGUGGGCGUGAGCAGGCACGCGAUGAGCGACCACCCGCACGUCGGCGGCCACGGACAGAUCCAGGUCCAGCAGCUCUUCGAAGACGGCAGUAACAAGCGGGCCGUCCUGACCGCCCAACCCAACGGGCUGACGCCCGUCGGAAAGCCCGGCCCGCCCGCGGCGCCGGCGGACCGCCACCCGGACGGCGCGCACAGGAGACAGGGGAGCGCCGGGUCCCUCAAGUCGGCGGAGGGCGGCGGGCGGCCCAAGCCCGCGGCCCUGACCCCGGAGCAGGCCGUGAAGCAGUACCUGCAGAAGCUGACGGCCUUCGAGCAGCACGAGAUCGCCGCCUACCCCGAGAUCUACUUCCUGGGGCCCAACGCCAAGAAGCGGGCGGGCGCGGCGGGGGGCCCCAACAACGGCGGCUACGACGACGACCAGGGCUCCUACGUGCAGGUCCCCCACGACCACGUGGCUUACCGCUACGAGGUCCUCAAGGUGAUCGGCAAAGGCAGCUUCGGCCAGGUGGUGAAGGCCUUCGACCACAAGGCCCAGCACCACGUGGCCCUGAAGAUGGUGCGGAACGAGAAGCGGUUCCACCGGCAGGCCGCCGAGGAGAUCCGCAUCCUGGAGCACCUCCGCAAGCAGGACCGGGACAACAGCAUGAACGUCAUCCACAUGCUGGAGAGCUUCACCUUCCGCAACCACAUCUGCAUGACCUUCGAGCUGCUGAGCAUGAACCUCUACGAGCUGAUCAAGAAGAACAAGUUCCAGGGGUUCAGCCUGCCGCUGGUCCGCAAGUUCGCCCACUCGAUCCUGCAGUGCCUGGAGGCCCUGCACCGCAACCGGAUCAUCCACUGCGACCUGAAGCCGGAGAACAUCCUGCUCAAGCAGCAGGGCCGCAGCGGCAUCAAGGUGAUCGACUUCGGCUCCAGCUGCUACGAGCACCAGCGCGUCUACACCUACAUCCAGUCGCGCUUCUACCGGGCCCCGGAGGUCAUCCUGGGGGCCCGCUACGGGAUGCCCAUCGACAUGUGGAGCCUGGGCUGCAUCCUGGCCGAGCUCCUCACUGGCUACCCGCUCCUGCCGGGUGAGGACGAGGGGGACCAGCUGGCCUGCAUGAUCGAACUGCUAGGGAUGCCCGCCCCGAAGCUGCUGGACGCCUCCAAGCGGGCCAAGAACUUCGUCAGCUCCAAGGGCUACCCCCGCUACUGCGCCGUGACCACCCUGUCCGACGGGUCGGUGGUCCUCAACGGGGGCCGCUCGCGCAGGGGGAAGCUGCGGGGGCCCCCGGAGAGCCGGGACUGGGCCAAGGCGCUCAAGGGCUGCGACGACCCCCUCUUCCUCGACUUCUUGAAACAGUGUCUGGAGUGGGACCCCGCCUUGCGUCUGAGCCCGGGGCAGGCCCUGCGCCACCCCUGGCUCAGGCGGCGCCUGCCCAAGCCCCCCACGGCGGACAAACCCGCGGUCCGGCGGGCCCCCGAGACCACCGGUGCUAUCACCUCCAUUUCCAAGUUACCUCCCCCCUCCGGCUCCGCCGCCAAACUGAGGACUAGCCUGGCGCAGAUGACCGACGCCAACGGCAACAUUCAGCAGAGGACGGUCUUGCCCAAACUGGUCAGCUGAACCCCGCCCCCGCCUCCCUCGCCGAGCCCCGGCCGGGCCGGGGGAGAGUCGCUCCGCCCCGCUCAUCCCCCGGCUCGCCGACCCUCUCCGCCCGCGUCUCCGCGGAAGCCCCCGUCGUGGCUGCAGAGAGUCGCUCGUUUCUCGGUUUUUAUACAGGACGACGUCGGGGGCGGCGCUCUGUAAGUUUUUACACUUCUCUUGGAAAACGGUUCGCGUUUUCUCAAAGUCCGACGAGCCUUACCGCACAGAGCGCGGCGGAGCCAUCGACAUCGGCGGCGGGGCCCGCUGGUCCGGAACUCACGCGGCUGUCGCGCGUUACAGGUCGGUUGCUCCAGAAACUCCACCGUCUUUUGUGGUUCACGCGGUAGUCCUCCCCCGCCCAGGGAGGAAGGUGGCCUGAGGUGCCCUGCUCUCUGAAUCUACUCACAGAUGUAGCAUAUCCUGCUGUCACUUUGCCCUGGGCUCAUCGAGAGGUGGUGGGAGACGAGGGAGGGUAGUUGGGCGGGUCUGAGUGUGUGUUUGUGUGCGCGUGUGUGUGUGGCGGGGGGGCGAGGGGACCCGGGGCGACGGGAGCGAUUUCUCGUCCUUUCGUGCCACGCCACCGCAUCCUACCGACGGGAGAAAAAUCAUGCUCUUGAGAUCAGUGUCGAAAUGUACAGGGAAAAAAUAAAAUUGAAUGAAAAAAGCACCGCCCGUCCGAGAUCGAAACUGCCCAUGAUCAUUCAGCUGACGUGUUAAGGCCAGGGGAGCUGAGGGCGGGAGGGCGGUUGAGGACGAACAGAGGCACGUUCCCGUAAAUCUGCAUCUGGCCAGGCCGGCUCCUUUGUAAAGGGGAAGUCGCGUUGUCACCGAGUUGCUGGAGCCUCCACCAUCCGUGCGGCCCGUCGAAACGAUCUCUAAGCGACCCUGAGUCGACCUCCGCCUCCGUCGUCGAAGGGCUCCCGGAGCCUCGUACCCACCGCCCUCUGCUCUCCUCUCCGAUCUGUCGGACCGUCCGCCCGGAGGAGACUCUUCUCCGACGCUCUCGGAUCAGAACCUCACUUGCUCACUUCCCUCGAAGCUCAAAUCGGCUAACGUGACGCCCCUUUUACCGUUUCUACCGUACAGUCCUUUGAGCUCGCGCCGGGGUUGAUUCCUUCUUCCAAAAGCUGCCCGCCGCUUCAGUGAGAACCGAUUUCACAACCGCCCAAAGGGAGGGAAAAUUCAAGGGCUUUAUUCAAUGGUUUGCUUUCUUUUUUUGCAACGUGUGCCGAAGGGAUUUGGGAAAGAACGGUUGAGAUGCCAGUUGUCUUGUUUCCUUUGAAUUCUACUCCUGGUUUCAGCAGGGAAGAUUCUUCGUUGGGAGAAACGAUAGUAGAAUAAGGGUAAUGGUUUCUGAGUAGUGGCAGUACUCGAUAUUUUAGCAGAGCUCUACUGACCGUGAUGUGCUUCGGACGAGCGAAGAGUGUGUAAAGGGAAUUUCGAAAGAACGCGCUAUCUCAUAUAGAAAGAUUUGCGAGUGUUCAAAGACAGAAUUAUAGUGGAAGGUAAAACGUCUUUAAUAAGUUGAUGACGUCUGUGCCUGUGAACUGUUUGCAGUGAAAUCACCUGCAGAUUCCCUUACAGAUUCUUAAAGAGUGGUACCCGGGAAUGGCCAAGAAAGUUUCCGGUUAAGUGUUCCUUUCACAUUCAAUUUACGGUUUCACUUCUUUUUGAACAUGAGGAGUCGGGACAAAACAUUUUAUUUAGCAUAAGGCAUAUGGGGGUUGAUAGUAGGGGAAGAAUGCUCAGGAAAUAUACAUAUACAAAUAUAUAUGUACACACACACACACACACACACACACACACACACACACACACACACACACGACAUUUGCCAAAAAGUACUCUACCAAGACUGAGAUGAAUUGUGCAUAAAGUAACGGUGUUGAUGUGUGCUUUAAUGUGUAAAGCUACCCCUGAAAAAUGAUUCCAUUCUCUUGCUAGAAAAUGAGAGCACCUUGCCCCCUCGUCAAAGUGAAUUUUGUGGAAUAAUGGGUACAGUUGUGCGAUCUUCCGUGGAAGUGCAAUAUAUAAGCGACGUCUCAAGUGCACGAUUCUCAUGAGUAGGUACCACCAGAUCAGUGGCUUGGGACAUCUUAUAAUCUGCUUCCUACAGGGUCAGUAGCGUUUUAGUUGGGAAAACACCGGAAAUCUCACAUGAAGGAGACCGAUGCUUCGCUCCGAAAACCCCCAAAUUGGCUUUGAUUUGUUUUCAAGGAAUCGGCAAAAUACAGAUGCAGAGAUUCCAAUUCCUCCUUUCCUCCUCACCCUUUGAGUCUUGAAGCCUACGGCCUGUUUCAGUAGAAAUUUCCGACAAGAGAGGCCAUGUUUGUUUUGGAUCAAUAAUGGGCUAAGACCACUAGCUUUCUCUUUUCAUGUAUCGGAUUCUUAGAAUGCCAAUAAAGCACUCGUGACUAACUUGAUUCAUAAAAGCAACCGGAAACUUUCUGGCCCAACUAUAGUAUGCGGAAGUUUUCUGUUUUUUUUCCACCCAAAUCCGAUGGAACAUCCUCUCAUUUUUUUUAAAAAAAAAGCUGCUAUAGUACAGCACCUAGUGAUAGAGCUGCUUUUUAUUUUAGCUUAUUUAUAAAGUUAAACAAAGAAGAAAAUUUGCAUCUUGCUUGGAUGUGAGUUUUUUAAAAUGAUUAUUAAGGGCUCUGAGACUUAGGCGGCAAGGAGUUGGCUUGGAAACAGCUCUUCGUCUCACGGGUUACCACUGUCUAGGGAUGUCUGAGCUGUUUUCAGAUUUAGUAAUAGCAAGGUGUUGUCUUGUCUUGGUUGCUUUCUCAUGCCUCUCCAGUUUCCCCUAGAAUAAGCCUUGCAACAAGAAGUGAACAACAGCGAUGCAAGCCAGAGUAGAUUUAACAAUGGAAGAUAAAUUGUGCCCUUAGUGUUAACAAUGUGCCUUUGUUAUAAUGCCAUGUUGUAGGGCAUAUGCCUUCCGGCCUCUUUAACCCUUUGACUAUUAGAAAGGAUGGGACAUACUUCUAAUGGUAAUCUUGUCUUAAAACAUCCACUAACUAUUCAGAGGCCUUAAUAGAAACCAUAAGGCAAUCGCUUUCGAACGUGGGGUAAAAUACUUCGUCAUGCCGGUAACUUCUAUCGCUUAAAGGGUUAAAGUUGGCAAACAUUAGUUUCUUGUACCUGAACAUCAGACUGAUUUUUUUAAAAACAAAAAAGAUGUUUUUUUUGUUACGCUGACAUUAGACAGAAAUCAACUGUAUUUGCAAAAUUUACCUCAGACUGUUUCAUUUUCUAGUGUGAUUAAUAUCAGGGCAUUUGGUAUGAACCAAAGUGCAUUCCUUUUAUAUAUGUACCUGGCUCUCCUGAAAGCGGCCGGGGAUUUUUACAAGGGGCAAGGCACUUGAGCCACUUUUAAACUCAAUGGCUGGUUUGGCGUAAUAUGAAAGGACUCCUUGGGAAUGGGAAUGUUAAAAAAAAAUACACACAAAAAAAACCACACACACUUUAGGCGUUGGUAGCAUUGAGCUGUAUUGGAAUCUUGUUUUUAAAAUAAGAGUGUGCAUUGUUUGAAAGAGACCUUUCAUUUUUGUAAUUGUUUUCCACCAAGAAUAUUUCUGGUAAGCAGAAGACUUUUUUUUAAACAAUCUGACCCGGAGGGAUGUUAAUAUUGGCCGAUUUAACGUCGCGGUAGCAUUGGAAGAGCAUUGGCUUGUAUAUCUCUGCUAUGGAAAUAUAUCAAAAAGUUAAAUGUAACUACUCAGCUCCACUGCUCCAACUCCGUCCAGGCGGUGGCUUGGGUUGUUAUCGAGCAACGAUUUAGACACGUGACUGUAAUAUGCUGCAACCGUGUGUACUGAAAAUAUGUGAAAAGCGAUUGAAUGUGGACUGUGUAUAUAUGUAUGUAUAAAGUUCCGUCAGAUGCUGCUGUCGCCACUUCACAUUAACUGUGUCGUAGUGGAUUUUUAAUCCUAGUGGCCGGUUCUAUGAUACUGUAUGUAUUAUACAGCUGAUGACAGGAGUAAGACUGUUUAGUGAGUAUCUGUUCGAUUUUAUUGUUGUGGCCAGAGAUCAUUUCAGAAUAAAAAUCUAUGUUCUACUAAA